AUGAAGCUAUGGGGGUGGUCUUCUGUUGAUAAGUGCGGGACCACAUGGGUCACUACAGGUGUCAGUUGUGCACCACUGCUUGUUGGCAUGUACCAGUGUUUCAGGUUGUUUUGCUGUCCUCAACCUCAACCUCAAGCUCAAGGUCAAGCUCAAGGUCAAGCUCAAGGUCAACCUCAAGGUCAACCUCAAACACGAAACAUGUAUAAUGGAUUCAGGCAAAUUUUUAUCAUUGGUAUUAUGAUCUUUGCGGAGACCUCUAACCAUGUUAAUGAAAAGUUUUGGAAGAGCACGUUGAGAUGGUAUUGGGUCACAUCCAUGGCAUGCUAUUCAGCUUUGUCCAUAUUCUGGGACAUCGUUUACGAUUGGAACUUACGUGUCGAAGAAUGGUUCUGCUUUGGACAGCCCACGUUUCCUAGUUGGAUAUUUCGCCCUCAGUGGAAAUGGGUUUAUUACCUGAUAGUAGUAGCCGACCCUUUCUUGCGUACAGCAUGGGGAUUCAGGAUAUCUGACUAUUUUAGUGGAGCACUCAACUUUGCAUUAUCAUUCGCUGAGCUUGGACGUAGGAUGAUCUGGAUCCCGUUACGGAUCGAUGAUGCACUUAGACGAAUCAACAUGUUACCACCUCCACCUGAGCAAGAGAUGGGAGAGAUGGGGGUACCAGGAGCGCAAGCCUGA